AUGGCGCUGGACCACCCGCACCUGAUCAGGUAUCACGAGCACUUCCUCCACGAGGGAGACCUGUACCUCGUGAUGGAGCCGGCCAUGGGCGGCACGCUCGCGCAGAAGGUGGAGUCCGCGAGGAGCCUGGGCUCCCCCAUGGACGAGGCGCUGUUGUGGCGGUGGCUCUCUGACGUCUCCAGCGCCCUCGUCUACCUCCACAGGCGGCGCGUCCUCCACCGCGACAUCAAGCCCUCGCACGUCUUCCUCGGCCAGGACGGCGCCGCGAAGUUGGGUGACUUCGGGCUCUCGAGGGAGCUGCAGACGGCGACGCAGUGUGCCCUCUCGUGCGUCGGGACCCCGUUCUACAUGAGCCCCGAGAUCGUUAAGGGCGAGGGCUACGCCUUCGCCUCCGACGUCUGGAGCCUCGGCUGCACGCUGUACGAGUGCGCCAUGUUCUUCUCGCCCUUCUACCGCAGCGACAUGGACUUCAUGGCGCUCGGCUCCGCCAUCUGCUCCGCGAGCUACCGGCCGCUGCCGCCAGACCAGUGGACCCAGGACCGGAGGUCGCCCGCUCCACCGUGCCGACCCUGGCCGGGCCGACCCCGGGCCGGCCAGGAGGAGGAGGAGGGGGAGGAGGGGGAGGAGGGGAGGAGGGGGAGGAGGGGGAGGAGGGGGAGGAGGGGGAGGAGGGGGAGGAGGGGGAGGAGGGGGAGGAGGGCACGACGCAGGACGCAGCAUAGAACGUCGAAGCAUCCGGGAACGCGACGGCGACUAUAUAAAAUGAAACGGGGGAGCGUGAUAAAUCACCAGCACUCCAGGCCGGAAGCAUUCGACCGAUAA